AAUGUAAUUUUAAUAGCGAGAAAAUACUUUUAUUCAAACUCGCUUUUGAAUACCACCGCAUAAAACGUACCCAACUCAUACCUACCUGCCGCCGUAUACCGUAUAUUAACUUAUUUUCUUAUUCGACGAAUAAUUUUUUAAUUUACAGUACGUAUACAAUACGAUCAGCCUGCGUAUCGCUGCAUUUCGAUGUCGGUGUCGCCGUCGCUUUACGAUCUGUGUGACCGGUACGUCUCGUCUUUCUCUUGACAAUCGAUUGCAUCCGAGAGUCGAUGUGUAGGUAUCGCGUACAUCAUCGAGAAAAUUUACUAUCAUCGUUCGAAAUUUUUCGUCGUUGUUAACAACAUUUUUGUGAUAUGUGGAGUCGAUAAUCGUAAUCGUUAUUUCAAAUACCUUACCAGUUUUAGGUAAAAAAAUCAAACGAAGUAACUCAAUUUACUGUUUUUAAACUUAUAUAAAUUGUGUAUAUUGUGACAAAAUGAUCCUGGGAAAGGAAAAGGAAACUCUUUGAAAUAUGCAGCAAUCAACGAACAUACGAAAAAACCGCCAAAAAGACCAGUACGUUUAAGGUACAUGCCUACCUUUGUUGAUAAAGGAGAAAAUAAGCGAUAAAUUGAUCCCAUCGAAUGAUUUUGCUAAAAGGUAAACCUACAUCAGUACAGGUUGCUCAUCUCGAUGUAAAUUUCACACACCAUACAGCCCAGUAUACCCGAUGAAAAAAGCAAGAACCCGAGAAUAAAAAAUAAACAUUUAAAAAUAUUCAUAUCAGCCAUCCAGACAGGAAGAGAAAAAUUCACACCAUAAAAAGGUAAAAAUCGAUGAGAAUGCAAUUUAUUACGAGUUCGCAAUUUGGUUUUGAUUCUGCGUUGGGGGAAAUCAGCUGUUUGGGUAACCCUGAUCAAUACUACCGGCGUAUGUGGUGCGCAAUGCAGUUCGACUCUUUAGUGGCUAGUGAAACAAAUAUGGACACUAGUUCUUCGCCUGAUAACCUUGAUUCGAGAAAAAGACCCUUGGAAAAUGAAACUGAAAAUGGAGUGAUAAAGAAAUCUCACUAUGCCGCAGACAGCGAAGCUGGAACCUAUCAUUUUAAGUUACUGGUGCCCGGCGUGGCAGCUGGCGCCAUUAUUGGUAAAGGAGGAGAAACAAUUGCUCAAUUACAGAGGGAGAAACAUGCCAAAGUCAAGAUGUCGAAAUCGAACGAUUUCUAUCCUGGUACAACCGAACGAGUUUGUAUAAUCUCUAGUAAUUCACCAGAAUCAAUCAUGGACGUGUUGACGUUUAUUAUGGAAAAAAUUCGAGAAAAACCUGACGUUACGAAACCAGUAGUCGAGCCAAUAAUGACAGAAAGAGAAAAACAGGUUAAAAUUUUAGUACCCAAUACGACAGCUGGUAUGAUCAUUGGUAAAGGUGGCAGCUACAUUAAACAGAUCAAAGAACAAACCGGUGCUUAUAUACAACUUUCGCAAAAACCAAAGGACGUCUCACUGCCAGAAAGAUGUAUUACUGUCAGCGGUGACAUAGAAACGAAUGUGAAAGUUUGCCAAAUGAUCUUACAGAAAAUUGUCGAAGAUCCUCAAAGCGGAUCGUGUUUAAAUUUAAGUUAUGCCGAUGUAACCGGACCCGUUGCAAAUUUCAAUCCGACCGGAUCUCCUUAUGCUACGAAAUCAGUUUUAACGAACGGUGUAUUCGCAGGAGGAGGCCCGACUCCGGGUGGCGGUGGAGGUGGCGGCGGCGGCGCUGUUGGAGGAAGCGCCAACGCAUCUGGCUGUGCUAAUGAAAAUGUGAUAAACGGUGGAUUAAACCUAUGUUUGAAUAUGCCUUCUGUGAAUUCGAAUUUCGAUAGCGCUUUAACUACCAAGUUACUGGAAAAUGUUAAUCUCAUUCUUCGAUCUGCUGGUUUCUCUGAACAAUCAACCGCCGAAAUUGCCGCUGCUUUGGCCAUCUUAGCCAAGUACGGAAUGCUCGGUAUGGGCUACGGUCUGCCCGGAAACAAUUCGAACAAAACGAUGAACAGCAUGCUGAGCGGCAACGCCGCCGCAGCCGCUGCCGCAGCCCUCGAUAUUUCAGCUCUAAACGGCGCUAUCCAAGGCGGCGGUAUAAACCUGUUCGGACCGGUUGGCAGCGCGAUCGCAUCUCGCAGCGCAUUCGAUCUCACCGGCGCCGUCCCUGCGGCCGCCGCUUUCGAUAUGUUCCAUCCUAGUCAGCUAACUAUUAACAACAAUUGCCUGACACUGGCCGCCACCGCCACAUCUCCGGCCACUGAUUUAUUAGACAUCAAUGGGGCCGCCGAUUACAAGAAAAUCGAUCUGGAAAUACCCGAAGAAGUAGUUACUAAUAUCCUAGGACAUGGCGGCCGAUCGCUGCUAGAAUUACAAUACCGUACCGGAGCCAUAAUUCAGAUAUCUAAGAAAACAUUGUACUCUUCCGCCGGCGGUAUGAAUAACCGAAUAGUUACCCUUUCUGGUCCUUCGAACGGCGUAGCUGCUGCACAACUUUACAUCGAACAUCAGAUAUCGGAAAUCGAUUUAAAAAGACUUAGAAGUAACGUUAACGCUAUUGAGUAGUAAUUCCACUCACUCGAUUUACCAUUUUUUUUUCUUUUUUCUUUUUUCUUUCUUUCUUUCAUCUUUCAUUUACUUACUCAAGUUUCUCCUCUCUUAUAAGUAUACUUCUACACGCGUUCACACUCGCUCCAGCUCCAGCUCCGCUCUGUUUUUACUCAGUUAUAAUCUCUCUCUGUCCGGUUUGUUAUUUUACAAUCGUUGCGUUUUGUCGUUGUUACGUAUAGAUUUGUUUUUUGUUUUUUUUUCUUUUUGAGUUAGUAUUACUCGUAUUUUUUAAGACAUGCCAUGUCGCAUAAAAUGGGACGUGAUGUUGUAGGUGUUACGUGUGUAAUAAAGAUAGGUACGUUUGUAGGUAUCCAGUUUUAGUAGGUACCUGCGUAAUCGUUAAUAAUGAUACAUAAUGUAAGUAGGUAUUCGGCCAUUAUAUGUACAUUGUAGUCGUCGUAAUACGCUUUAGUAUUCGCGAAUACCUACCUUACUAUAUUGAAAUAAAAUUCAUCCAGCCUAAUUACAUACCAUAGGUAUACUCGUAAUUGGCUACAUUAUCGUAAUGCAUACGAGACGACGACAUUUAUCGUGACGACCAUUUUUUUUUAGCAUUUUAAAAAUAUUUUACCUACCUAUUCAUUUCUAUCACCAUACUCUCCCUUACCCUCCCCCAAACCAUCAUUGAUAGAAAAAUAUUGUACGAGAUUUUCUAGCCUGAUAUCAUAAACAUUACAUAUAUAGUGCUCUAGGUACCAGAAUUAGGUAUUGUUGCCAUUUGCCAUCGUCGUCAUUGUCGUCGUCUUUGUUUUUGUUGUUUUUUAUAUAAUUGUUAUCGUUGUUAUUGUUGUUGUUUGUUGUUGUUGCUGUUAUUUUUAAUAUUAUCUACCAAUUUUUGUCUUUUUUCCCGUUUCGUUUACGUCCAUUUUUCAUUAAUUUUUUUCUUCUCUCUCUUUUUUGAGAUACUUACUCGAUUACAUAAUAAUAAUAAUAAUUUUAUCGAGUGUUUUACAUACCUUAAGUACGUAUUAAGUGUACUUCGAAAAGCCGCGUGUAACGUAUCGGAUUUGACGGUGUGAAGAUUGUAAAUUUUUUUGACCCACGUGUUGGUGUCUGGCGUAGGUAUUUUGGUAAAGUGAUUUUGUGAUAGAUGAGAUAAGAAAUACUCAAAAAUUCUACACACAUUAAAAAUUACUGCACAAUUUUCAAAAUUCUCAAAAAAUGUUGAAAUUCGACCAAAAAUGUUACAAAAUAUCUUAAAAAUUCAAAACUGUACAUGUUCAAAAUUCUUCAAAAAUUUGAGAAUUCAAAAUUUUUCAAGUUUAAAAUUUCAUUUUUUUUUACAAAUUUAUAAAAAUAUUAAACAUUUUUAGAGUACUUAUCCAAUGUUGAAAAAUUUUCCAAAAACAUUGCAAUUUUUCAAAGAUUUCCACAACUUUUGAAAUUUUUAAGAAGUGUUCAACAUUUCAGAAAAACAUUCCAAAAUUCCAAAUUAUUCAAAAAUCUUCAAAAUUGGCCAAAAAUAUGUUUAAAAUUUUCAAAAAAUUGAAAAAAAAACAAAAAUUUUUAACAAAUUUGAAAAUUAAUUUUGUCAAUUUUUAGAAGUUUUAGCACCAAAAAAGUAUGUUAAAAAUUGACCAUUUUCGGAAAAAUGUUCCAAAUUAUCAGAAAUUAUUUAAAGUUUUGACCAAAAAUGCUCAAAUUCAUCAAAAAUAAUUCUUACAAUUAAAAUAAAUUAUAAAUGUGUAACAAAUUUUUAAAAUGUUUCAAAAAUUGUUUUAAAAAUGUUAAAGGCACUCAAAAGUAUUUUUCGGAUAAAAAUUCUUGUCCAAAAAUGGUCAAAGAAAUGUUCUACAUUAUUCCCCCCUCUCCCCACCAAAAUUUUUUUUUGAAUUGUCUAAAAAUGUUCGAAAUACGUUCCAAAACUUUCCAAAAUUGUUCAAAAAAAUAUUCCAAGUUAUCCAAAAUUUUUGAAAUUGUUCCAAAAUGUUUUUGAAAAUUUUUUAAAAUUAAUCGAAAAUGUUCAAAAAAAAGUUCAAAAAUUUUCCAAAAUAGGUAGUUUCAAAAUUGUUUAAAAUUUUUCAAUACCUAAUUUGAAAAUCUCAAAAUAGAUCAAAAAUCUUAUAAUCUGCAUAUUGAAAAAAAUCCCAUCUUAUUCAAAAAUUUUGAAAUUUGAAAUAUGAGUAAGUUUUUAAUGUUUCAAAAAUUAUGCCCAAAAUUGUCCAAAAAUACUCAAAAAAUUUUCAAAUUUUUUAAAAAUAUUCCAGUGUAAUCUAAUAAUCUUUGGAGAUGUCCAAAAAUGUUCAAAACUAUCCCAGUUUCAAAAUCUCCAAAAUUGUUCGAAAAUGUUCAAACAUUUUUUUUGUUCUAAAAUAUUUUGCAAAAUUUUGUUUAAAACCACUCAAAUCUUUCAAAUUAUUCAAAAACUUUUAGAACUGUGUAAAAACGUUUACAAAAAGAGGUUUCAAAUAAUCUUCAAAAUUGAACCUGCAAAAACGUUCCAAAUCAAAACCUUUAAAUAUUGUUCAACAUUUUUCUGACUCCAAUAAUUCUCAAAAUGCAUUAACUUUAAGAAUAAUAAGAACUUACACAUUUUUUUUACAUUUUCAGUUUGACCCAACAACUCUCAAAAUUUUUACAAGUUUUCGUUGUUUUCAAGAGAUAUUUGUGUGUUCAAGAAAGUGUCCAGAAAUGUUGAAAAUUGUCUAAAAAUGCUCAAAUGAAUUAUUCAAAAAUUUUCAGAACUGUCCAAAAACGUUCAUAAAGAUGUUUCAAAUAAUCUUUAAAAUUGUGCAAAAACGUUCCAAAUUAUCCAAAAUCUUCAAAAUUGUCCAAAAAUGUUCAAAAUUUUUCAAACUUCAAAAGUUCUCAAAAUGCAUCAACUUUAAGAAUGAUGAGAACUUACACAUUUUUUUAAAAUUUUCAGAUUGACCCAAAAAUUUUCAAAAUCUUUACAAGUUUUUGUUGUUUUAAAGAGAUAUUUGUGUGUUCAACUUCAAAGUGUCCAAAAAUGUUGGAAAAUUGUCUAAAAAUGGUCAAAAGAAUGUCUCAAAUUAUUCAAAAAUUUUCAGAACUGUCCAAUAACGUUCGUAAAGACGUUUCAAGUAAUCUUCAAGGUUGUGCAAAAACGUUCUAAAUAAUUCAAAACUUUAAAAAUUGUCCAAAAAUGUUUAAAACUUUUCAAAAACUCAAAAAUUUUCAAAUUGUUGAAAAAGUUUUAAAAAUUUUCACAAGUUAUUGUUGUUUUAAAGAGAUGUUUGUGUGUUCAAAAAGUGUCCAGAAAUGUUGAAAAAUUGUCUGAAAAUGCUCAAAAGAAUAUCUCAAGUUAUUCAAAAAUUCUCAGUACUGACCAAAAAACGUUCAUAAAAAUGUUACACAUUAUCCAAAAAUCUUCAGAAUUUUUUCAAAAAUUAAAAAGUUCUGUAUUUUUUUCAAGAGUAUAGCUACAUGUUUUUCUAAAUUAUUUACAACUUUGAAACAUUUCUCAACUUUUUCCCAGAUUUUUUUGGGGGGAGAGGGGGUGUUUAUAAUUACUAGAUUAUUCCAAUUGUUUAAAAAGUUUUCAAAAAUUGUUCAGAUUAUUUAGAAAUUAAAAAAAAAUGAUUGUCCAAAAGAAUUCAAAAACUCGUGAAAAUUUUAUAAGAUUUUCAACGAAAAAUUGAGAAUCUUAUUCUGUUUUUGGAAUUUAAUAUAUUUUUACAGUCGUGUCAUUCUGCCUUCCUCUCCCAUCUCAUUUUUUUUCUUGACUCGUUGCUACAAAUGUCACCAAUCGAUUAGUUUUGCUUCCUUUUGCCAUUUUUUUUGAUAAUUUUUCAAAAAUAAAUACUAUUUUGAAUUACUUUUACACUCCCCCCCCUCCCCACUGAUUACAAUGAAGCCAUCAACAGUACAUUUUUUGAUGGAUUCGUCGAUCCAUAUUUUUGAGUCAUUUUAAUCCUCUUUCCUCUCCCCCCCCCCUAUCAAUCUCAAAGUGCGCCAAUCAUCCACUAUUUGAUCGGUGAAUCCAAGAAAAUACUCCAGUAAAGGUAUCAAAGUACCUAGAUAUACUUAUGUGAAUUUUUCUCAAUGAUACCUCGUGCCCUACGCUUUACACCUUCACCGAGGACGUAUUAACUCAGUAACUAAGCAUCCACAACUCAUUAAUAUUUUUUCUCUUUCUCUCUCUCUAUUUCUUAAAUUAUACGUGAAUAAAUCAGCCAUGUUUUUCGGGUCAAAUUCACCGCAUCUGUGAUAGUUCAUGACUUUGUCUCAUUUACAUUGCAGUGGCGUCGCUAGAAUUUGAAAGUAAAAAAGGCUGUGCGAGUUUCAAAUUGGUCUAUAAGGUCUAUACUACGUUCGGUGCUAUCUUGGUGCGUUGAAAUUUAUAUUAUGUAUAGUGAAAAAUGGUCAUCAGUAUUUUGAAAAAAAUUAAAUUGAUAAAAAUAAUAAUAAAUACGUGGGAUUUGUUUCGGAGAGAAACAUUUUCUUGGAGGGGUUAAGGGUUCGCCUCCCUCUUGGACUGUAACUCUGAGCGAUGCCACUAUAUUCAAAGUGUGGGCCUGCCUGGUGUACUCAUACUUUACUUAUUACCUACUGUUUAUACGAUGUUGAUUGCUGAUUGUUGGGUCUUCAUUAUGUCGUCGAUUCGAAUAUUCCUUUCCUCUCUCCCUUCAGAAACGCACAAAAAAUUCAAAACGAUUUGUUUUCAGCUAGGGCUUCCAAAGCUAGCACAUUACGAACAAAUCUACAUAUAUUUAUUAUUGAUUAAGGGAGGUGAGGGAUAAAACGUGCGUCUUACUUUUUAAGCAUGCAAGAAUAACAUUGAAAAAUUCUCACGAGACUUUUUGCAAAUUAAUACGAAGGUAUCUGACGUACCUACAAUCUACAUUUUUGUAAACCACUCGUUUAAAUGAAAUUUAGAUUUGGAAUUGAAUUUCCACAAGGGACUGGGAUUGGAAAAUUAUUUCUAAAUCAUUUUUUACGUAGGUACCUUUGAGAAAACACUAAUGUCAUUCAAUCAAAAGUAGGUAGUAAGUCAGGGUAUACUAUGGUUUGGUCUGCAGCACAUAAUAAUAUAUAGGUAACUAGGCUAUUCAUAUUGUAAUUUGUAAUGUAAUAAUACUGGUGUUAGAUACCAUUUGUAUUUUCUUUAUUUUUUUUUUCGUGUUCGUGUUCGCAUUCGUAGCGUUUGCAUUACCUAGUUAGUGCUGAGGAUACCUUUCUGUAAUAUAUUGUGGUUUACCUAGGUUACCUACUCAUUUAAGUUCAUCUAGAGAUACAAUACCUAUAUGUACGAAGUGAUUAUUAGUUGCAUAGAAUGAUAUUCAUACAAUAAGGUCUUUACAUAUACCAUAAAAACAAUGUGUAUACGUAGGUGUGUAUUUCGAGCGAUGCCUAUAUUCUGAAUAGGUAUGUCUUUAUAUUCGUGUAAGUUUGCAUGUACCUAUCUUACUUACCUACCUAUUUAUCUUUCUGUCUGUGUGUUUGUGUAGUGUCUAUUUACGUAGGUUACCGUAAUUUUAUUCGUAAUGCUGUGGUUUUGUUAUCGUAGUUUGGGGAAAAGUAGCACUUGUUUUUAUGCCUAAGUACAAAUAUCUUACAAAAUCUCAUCAUCGAACAAAAAAUGUUUCUAAUGAAAUUUCCUGAAAAAAAAAAAAUGUUCUUGUGUUUUGAUUAAUUGAUUGUGAAAUUUAAAGAGUAGAUGAAUCAAAAGAUGAGAAGUGCUUUUUCUUUUGACCUAUUUGAGUCACAGUUUUUCCUCCUUUCACUGCUAAGAUCUUCUUGACUUCAUUAAUAAUUGUAGAUCUGAAUGGCAUUUCGAUAGACUGCUGCAUAGACUGACUGACUGAGAAUAUCAGAUAGUUCUCAAAAUCAAAAUUUCAGGUUGUAUCUUUGAAGUUCCAACAUUGAGUUGGAGUCGUCAAGUUUCGAGUCGAGUUGAAAGCACAAUUCGUGAUUUUAAUUUCAGUCAAGGCUUCAAAAUGAGCCUCAAAAUCGUAAAAAUAAGAGUGGGAGAAGCAAAGACUUAAUUUUAUGGGCUCGAAAAAUUUUCAAAAAAUUCUUCUUCAAACUUUUUAAAAAAUUUUGAAAUAUUUUGAAUGUCUAUUUAUAGAAAAUUUUUAAUUUAAAAAUUUUUUGAAAAUGUUGAGAAUUUUGAAAAUUUUUGACAAGUUUUUAAACAGUUUUUUUUUGUGGUUUUGGAUGAUUUUUAAAAUUUUAAAAUAAAUAGGACAACUUUUGAAAACUGUUGAAAAUUUUUGGUAAAUAUUGAAAAAAUUUUCAAAGUUGUCAUAUUUAUGGACGAUUUUUAAAAUUUCAAAAUGAAUCAAAUAGUUUUUGAAAAAAAAAUUGAUAUUUUGCUGAAAAAUUUUUUAUACUUCGUUGUGCAAAAAGUGUUGAAAAAUACAUUAAAUUCUUGAAAAACUUGAACUUUUGAAAAAUUUAAAUCACAAUGUAAAAAAUAGACCAUACCAAAAAUUGUUGGAAUUUUGAACAUUUUUAACCAUGUUCGGAUUAUUUUGAAUUUUUUUUUGAACAACUUGGAGCACUUUAUCAAACGGUUUGGUCAAUUGUGAAGAUUUUUGAAUAAUUUAGGAGAUCUUUUGAUCAAUUUUUGAACAUAGUUUUGCAAAUUAUUUAAAACAUGCAGAAAUAAGGUAAAUUGAAAACUUUGGUAACAAUUUAGAACAAGUUAACCCUAUUUUAAAAAUGAGUAAUAUUUUUAUUAUGUACCUAAAUUUUGACAAUUUUCAUGUUUUUAGCCAUUUUUGAACAAUUUGGAUACUUUUUGAAUGAUUUGUUACAAACUUAAAAAUUUUUAAAAAUUUUACAUUUUUGAAAAUUUUUUAAAUUUUACAUUUUUGAAAAUUUGAAAAUUUUACAUUUUUGAAAAUUUUGAAAAUUUUACAUUUUUGAAAAUUUUGAAAAUUUUACAUUUUUGAAAAUUUUGAAAAUUUUACAUUUUUGAAAAUUUUGAAAAUUUUUACUCUUUGAAAUUAUUGAACAUUUUCAGACAAAUGGGUGCCAAUUUUGAAAAUUUUGGAGAAUUAAAAAUGCUAUUUAUUGCAUAGAUAGACACUUUUUUGAAAAAUUUUGAACUUUUUGCGCAAAUUUGAAAAUGUUGCAUAACUUGGAACAUUUUUUUGAGUUUUUUUGAGCAAUCCCCAAACAUUUUUGGCCAAUAAUUUUGAACUUUUUUUUCAAAACUAUAAACACAUGACAAAGUUUGUGAAAAAUUCAAAAAUUUUUACAUUCUUGAAAAGUUUUGAACAUUUUUUAAAUUUUUGAGCAAUUUGAAAUUUUCAAAAAAUGGGGGAGUUUUUAGUGUAUUUUGAAAUUUUUUUAACGUUUUGAACGUUUUUAGACUAGGAAUACUUUUGAACAAUUUUGAAGAUUUUUGAAUAAUUUCAGGACUUGUUUCCGUAAUUUUUGAACACUUUUGAAUAUUAUAAUUUUGCAAAACAUCAAAUUUUUUUUGAAUUUGAAGAUUUUUGAAAUAAUUUGAACAUUAAAAUUUCUGAGAAAUUUUCAACAUUUUUGAAUUAGGAAUACUUUUAAAUAAUUCUGAAGAUUGUUGAAUAAUUUAGGACAUUUUUUGAGUAUUUUUGAACACUUUUUGGCCAUAAUUUUGCAAAAUAAUUUUUUUUUAAUUUGAAAAUUUUUGAAAAAAAAUAUAAUGUGUUAAGUAAGUAUUCAAUUUCUGAUGCAUUUUAGAAAUUUUCAAAUUUGUGGAAAACAUUCAAUAUUUUUGAACAAAUGAAGAUUUUAAAAUGAUUAAGAUAAUUUUUUGAACUUUUUUUCUUGACAAUUUCAGAUCUUUUUGACAGUUUUGGACAUGGAAAACAUGUACCUACAUUUUUCUAUCCAAAAUUGAAAAUUUUUGGGAACAAAUGAACAAUUUGGAGAGUUUUAAAAAAUGUUUUCAAAUAUGUAAUUUUGACAGAAGAUUUGAAAUGAUUUUUUUUGAACAUUUUUGAACCUGCUCUCUCCAUCACUCGAUAUUUUGCUCAGAUUCAAGAUAUUUAAUGAGGUCUCGAAGUUUCUUUGCCUGAUUGAAUUGUAUUCAAAAGCUGGUUUAUGGUUUUGUAAUUGUAAAUCAAUCCCAAUUAUUCUAUUUUUCCCAUUGGGAGUUUAGUUAUUACCAACAGUGGAAAGAAUAUACUUAACACAAUCCACUCAAAAUACACAUUAAUUUUAUCAAAAAUCAAUUUUGAUUCCAAACCAGAAUUCUUAAAGCAAUAAGGCCAAGUGAUGUGACGUUGACGCUACUGAACCAUUUUAUCCGUCUUUUUUUUUUUUUUUUAAAUUACGAUAUUGACUUUUUUUUCAUAGUUAUUGUUAUCAUGUUGUUGUUGUUUUACUAUUGUUAUUGUUAUCGUUGUUAUUGCUGUACGUAUCGGUAUUAUUUUAAUUUUUAAAUAAUACUGAUCAGUGAUCUUCAUCGUUAGCAUCGUUCGAUGUCACUUUUGUCAUCAUCAUCACCAUCAUCAUCAUUCUCAUACCUCGUAUACUCGUAGUUCACCUAUAUUCAUCAUCAUCAUCGUGGUCAUCGUCUUCGUCUUCAUCAUCAAUCAUCAUCGUCAUCAUUACGUCUUUUUGAGUGAGUUUUUACUUCUUUUUUUUUGUGUGUGUGUUUUUUCUCUUCUUUGUGUAUACUCGUUUUACGCUUGCAAUUUCACUGUCAGCUGUUUUGGCACAAAAUAAGCUCAGCUUAUCGAAAAGAUGGAUAAACUAUAGCCAAGUGUGUGAACAUUCAAUUUGGAAAAAUUAAAAAUUAGGGAAAAGAAAGAAAGCGACGCUUUUUUUUUGACAUUAUGUUAGCCAUUUUUUGUCGUUGUUAUAUUGUUAUUGUUGAUUAUUUUAUUGUUUUAAGAUUUCUUCAAGUUGUGUACCUACUUUCACUUUUUUUUUGAUCUAGUUCUACAUAUAAAUUUUUUUGCGUACAAAAUUUAAGCUAUAAGGCUAGGGCACCUACCUGUACCUAAUAUACCUAUAUUAUUUAGUUGAGAAAAUGAUAGUUACUCGUACGUUAUUUAAGUAAAUGGAUAGGUAAGGUAGAUAGGUAGGUAAGUAAGCAAGAAAUAGGUACUAUAGGUGGUAGUUUAUGUAUGUAGAUUGUAUGAUUCGUUGAUUUAUGUAUGUGUAUACCUCGGACAUACUUAUUUAGUACCUAUAUGUACCCGUAUAUGAGAAGAAAAAUUGAUACAUUUCGAUGCUCAAAUCAGUAGAUUAUUAAGGCUAUAAUGGUUGUGCGUUUAUUAUUAUAAUAAUUACUAUAAUAUUUUGUUACGCGCAAUACGCAAAACACGUUAAACAUGACAAUUAUACUUGACUUAUUCAUUUUUAUUAACGGCGAUCUUGUUGCGUGAGUUUACCAUUACCAUAUAUUAUGUGUAUACACUGUAAUAUUAAUUUUUAUUUACCUACAUAAUAUAUUUGUUAAUAUUAUAGGUACUGUAUCAUUUUCGUUUGUUUAUUUGUUUAUUCUUUUUUCUUUUUUUGUACUGUUUUCGUUGGAACUUGUUUUUGUUAGAUUUAAAGUUAUUUUGUACUUACAAUCGUAGUUACCUUGACAAAUAUACGUAUGCAAACGUU